GGGACUCAAGACCAAGACUGAAAAUUGAGCAGACCAAAACAAAGGUGGGCGUCCGGGAGUUUUUUGGACCAUCUGGGAAGGAAAGGAAUAAUUAUGCCCCUAAAAUACCGAAGAAGGAGACUGCCAGCUUAGGAAAUCAACGAGAACAGCCCCGACACUGCCCUCCAAGCCCUCAAAUACACAAUCCAUCUACGAUUUGUACUGAAACAUGGCCUCCAGAUCAGCAGGAGAGGGGAAACUUGAUAAGUUGACAGCAGAAGCACUGUUAAAAGACAACGUGGUGCACAAGGACUUCUGGGCCGUUAAUGAUUAUCAAGACAACACGGAGCUGCUGCAAUCUCUAAUAGAUAUACUAUUUAACUCAAUUGAGGGAAAUGACUAUCUGGUCAAAUAUCAGGAGAAUCAGAAUGGAACCCGUCUCAUAAUAACAUGCAAGAUUUGCUGCAAAGAUCUUUCAUCCUACGACCCGUUCAUGGCUCACGAGAAUGGCAAACCUCACAAAAAGGUCAUGCAGAAGUCACUGUCCAAAGUAGAAAUCAGUGUUGACAGUUUGCAGCUUCAGCCACACAAUAAGCCACGGGGAAUAUUUCCUGAAGGAUCGCUGGAGAACAUGAUUGAUACUACAAAUUUCAGUGUAUUAGGAAUGCAGUUUGUGUUCAAGGAAGUAAUUGAUGGCAGGGACACAUUCACGUGCCAACUUUGCCAAGAAGAUGCUGAUGUUCAUCAGCUUCCAGCUUCCCGGAUGUUUUCACAUCUGACAUCGAAGGGUCACAACCUGAAAUAUUUGAAAGUUAAGUUUGGAUAUGUCAAGAAAUCCCAUAAAGACUUUGAAGAAGAAUGUCUUGCUAUAGAAGAAUUUGAGGGGAAGAUUCAUGCAAAUAUUGUUGAUCUAACUAUAGAGAGUGAAAAAUCCCACUCUCUCUUUCUUCAGCCAGCGUUAAGUCCUAAAGAAGAAAAAAUCCCAAAGUUUGAACCUCCUGAACGAAAUAGCGAAAUACAAGACAGCUCCAAGCCCGAAACCUGUGAUGUCGGUGUGAGUGCAAACAUGACCUCGGAGGCACGCUUUAUUAUGAAUGAACUGCAUCCCCUGCAGGACGUUGACUGUCUGAUGGUUUUACAAGACGAUAAUGAUAUGCAAGAUCUUCUCAAGGAAACGUUAUGGAACUUGGCGUGUAAGAUGGAGAAGUACUACAACCGAACCGGAGCAACCUUUACUGACGGCACGAAGAAGACUCCACUCUCUGACUCUGCAGAGAAGGUGAAGCAGUACGUUGCAGAGCUCGCAGAAUUAAAUUGAGUACGGUAUAGUGUAGAGGAUGCUGGUAAACAGAGAUUGUUUUCAAUAUGCACUGAUAUGGUUAUAAUCAGUCAUAUUUAACCCUUAAAGCGCGGGUGUCGACAAUAGUCGACAGCUGGUUCCUGGGCUCAAACCACGAGUGUCGACAAUAGUUGACAAGGCAUUUUUUUACUUAGCGCCGUCAAAUUUAAUUUGUUUGUGCUGAUGUAGAGUAAGCAUGUCAUUUUCUUUCAAACAAUAUCCAACCAUGCUCCCUUGACUAAUUAUUGGUCAGUGUAUGCCUUGUGUUAGCUUUGAAAAGAUGUCCACUCGACAUCCCACCUCUUCUCACCUUCCAGUGAAUUUCAUCCACAAGAUGGGGGCCCUUUGUCCUCAGCACCCAUCAGGGGCAUCAGGAAGGCCUGGAAGUUAAGUUGUUUUGGGUGUUUCACAUUAACUGUAUAAAUGUUAUGCUUUUUAUUAUUAAAUCAUUGAAGGGAAGUCCACUAGGGGAGGAAAACUGUCAAUAAUAAUGUGUUUUCGGUGAUCCUACUUCAGUAUUCCAUACUCACUCUAGCAAUGGUUAUUUAGUCUUCAAAUUGAUGUCAAAGGACAGUUAAGGGUAUGUACUUUACAAUGAUAUUUCAUUCAGUCAUGUGAGGUACGUAGAAGUGAAGAUAUAAAAGGCUGAGUAAGGUAUGUUUUUGCCUGAAUAUACACACGUGGGAGGACAGGCACAGCAAAACAAGCCUGCGCUGUAAGGGUUAAUUUAUCAGGUGAUGUAACUGGUGUUGAAAAAAAAUGAAAUUGAAAAUUGAGGAAAUCUAGAUUAUUGUAAAACAUUACAGCAGUUUUGAGAACCUUCAAGGCAAAAACUUUAUGCCUAGCAAUUAUAAGUCACAAAAUAAAAACCAUUAUUUUCAUUGUGGACCUCAAAACAAGUAUUUGAAUUACCUGCAAAAGUCAUUUCUAUAGUAGCUACUCAUCUGUCAGUCCUAACAAGGCAGUCCCAGAGUACUGCUGAAUUAGUCAAAUUCAGUGUUAAACAGGCAAUGGUAUGUGUACCCAAGUUGGAGUCUCCCCAUCUCCUGUAAGCUAGAUCCUGAUCACAGCCAAAAACUAGACUACCUCUCCAGACCUGUGGCUAUUUCAGUAAUGAAGCUUCGGGGAAUCCUGUGCCUUCCACAUAUUUCAUGCAUGGUCUUCUCAUGCUGCAAGUUUCUUGCUCAUUCAGAAAACAUUUAAAUAUUUCUCUCCCAAUAAUCUUGCCUUGGAACUGAACAUGGGCAGACUGUCUGGUACGAUCAAAGGGUAACACACAACUGAGUCAUCAGUCUUCAUCCUCAUCUUUUUGGGGUUUUACAUGAAUCUUUCUCAAACUUCAGGUCAAUCCACAUUUCUUUACCCUUAACUCUGUCAUGGAGUGUGGGCUAUUCUUGUACCCAUGGGCUGCAUGCAUACACACAUCAACAACAACUUGAUCACCACAAGAUUACAGGAUACCACCAAGCUCCAAUUCACCUUCAAACUACCACCUUCUUUUGCAUUCAGAAGUACUGUAAAAUGAUCUGGUAUGGAGAAACGUUUCCCAACAUCCUUGCAUGGGAUUUGAACCCUGGCCCUCGAGACACAAUUCUAACUGGUCUUGAGCCAGCGGGGUGCCCCUUGGCUCAGAGCCAUGGUAGGCCUUGGCUGUGUCUCUCCUGGGUCAUUAUAUGCUGGCUCAUCACCUUGCCAAAUAUCUGAAGGUUAUUAUAGAUAUGUUAAAGCUAAGACCCAGCUUUUGUUAAAAAUAAAGGUAUAUGAAUAUGAAUAAAACAAACUGUAAAUAUAAGACGACUGGUAGGUCAAAAAAUUAAACUUUUAUGGUAUGAAAACGUCAUUCAACAAACAUUUAAAUUAUGGAAGUACUUGAAUAAAAAGUGAUAUACAUUA